UAUAUUUUCUUUCGGGCAAAUUAAGUGAUUACGCUUCAUAUGCAGCUCUCUUCAAUGCGGGUAAUUUUUUAGAAUCGGUAAAUUUGCCAGUCACCGGCGAGAUUCUAAAGAAGUAAAACAUGUUUCGUAACCAGUAUGACAACGAUGUUACUGUCUGGAGUCCACAGGGCCGUAUUCACCAGAUUGAGUAUGCCAUGGAGGCAGUCAAGCAGGGAUCUGCCUCUCUCGGGCUCAAGUCAAAAACACAUGCCAUUCUUGUGGCCUUGAAGAGGGCACCGUCUGAGUUAUCAGCGUACCAGAAGAAGAUCCUGCUAAUAGACGACCAUGUGGGAGUGGCCAUUGCUGGGUUGACUGCUGACGCAAGGCUGCUUAGCAAUUUCAUGCGCUCUGAAUGCUUGAACUCGAGAUAUGCCUACGAUCAACCUCUUCCUGUCUCAAGACUUGUAGCAGCCGUUGGCAACAAAUCUCAGGUUCUUACACAGAGAUAUGGACGACGACCAUUUGGUGUUGGACUGCUUGUUGCUGGAUAUGAUGCUCAGGGUCCUCAUAUUUACCAGACCUGUCCGUCAGCCAACUACUACGACUGUAAGGCAAUGGCCAUAGGUGCUAGGUCCCAGUCGGCAAGAACUUAUGUGGAGAAACACCUCGACAAAUUCCAUGAUAGCAGUCUGGAUGAGCUGGUAGCCCAUGGACUUCGAGCCCUGAGGGACACCUUGCCAUCAGAUGUCAACCUCACUACUAAGAACUGUUCUCUGGGUGUAGUUGGAGAAGACCAGAAUUUCAUGAUUUAUGAUGACGAACAAGUCGAGAAAUAUCUGAAGCUGAUAGAGGGAGAGGAGAGGUCAACCAGAGCUACCAAGGAGGGGCCUGCUGAGGGAGAGGAGCCCAUGCAGCAAGAUGGUGAGGGUGGAGCCCCAGAUGCCCCGCCUACAGACGCCCAGCAGCCUGAGGGCAUGGACCAGUGACGCCCUCCACCCUCCAGCCACCCCCCUAGCGACGAUGAUCACCUCUGUUGCUAGGUGCACUUGCUUGUUUAUGCUGCACUCUUAAUUAGAAUCAGGUCUAAAUGGAUGGGAGAAGAAACUUGUGCCAACAAUUUGUUUACAAGAUCUAUUGUUAAACAUAAAGACAAUGAGACACAUUAAGACCUUUUUAAUCAGAUUAAUUAAGUUAACUUACUAUAGUAAUAUUUUAUGAAAAACCUUUUGUUUGUAUUGUCAAUUAUUUGCAUAAGAAUAACUUCUGAAUACUCUAGACAGGCCUCUAACGAAAAUUUACCUUAAAAUGUAAAGUGUCAUCUCUGAUAAGCCUGUUUGUACUGCACAUUCUAAACAAGGAUGACACUUUACACACAUGCAUUAAGCCUGAUAUUCCCACAGCGAGGCUAAUGUUAUAAUUGAGUCUCCAUACUCAGGCAAGUGCACCUACAUAGGCAGAAGAAUCUUCAGUGCGCGCUACAUUGGGUGUCCGGAACCUUAUAGGGUCUCUUAUGACAUAUGGAACUGGAAUAUUUUAAGUGCUUAUAAAUUUGAGUAAUGUUAUUUUCUAUUGUACUUAAAAAAUGGAUGUUUGAUCACUGAUCAUGUAUGAUCAAUCAUUCUUCUGUUCGUUGUAUUGCUUGACAAAAUAAAAUUGCAUUCAUGCAGCUGUUAUUACCAGACAUAGCAAAACUCCUUCAUAAAUGACUAGCUAGUCUUUGCUUAAAACUGAAAAACACCACUUUUGAUAUGAUUGGUUUGCAAAAUAUUGUACUAUAUAAUUUAGGUAUAUGAACAAUUUCUCAAUGUUUGCCUUGAAUUUAAUAAAAGUGUUUUCAUCACCUA